AUGGCAGGGCCAAUCCAGCUGGGGGAUGUCAUCAACUUCAGCAAGCUCGCGUGGGACGUGUACAAGUUUGGUUGGGAUAAUGACUUCAAUGCCACCCGGCAAUACGCAGAGUUUGGUCGCGAUGUCAGGGGAUUGGCUGAGAACCUCGAUAUCCUCAGCCGCGUAGUAGACAAGGCCGACCAGUCACUCCACCAAGAAAGGACGUUCAAGCUUGAGCCAUUACGCUGGGACCGUUCGUCCCUCGACGAGAUCAUAGGCGACUACCAUGAGACUCUCACAGAAUGCUGUACUCUAAUAGAGAACAAUCAUCGCUAUCGCCUCAGCAGCGGCCCGCUGAGGAAUAUCGAGUGGAAUGUCCUCGUGGCGCCGGCGGCAGAUCGUCUGCGGGCGCGCAUAGCCUUACAUAAUUCCAAGGUUAUUCAUGUUCUGAAGCCGUUUGAGAUCACUAACCGCACCAGUGACCUUCUUUGUCGGAUCCAUGAAGACCUCGCCGGACGUAUGAGUGCUAUGCACCUUGACUUACGCCGCUUUAUGGGGGUUCUCGUGCCUGAUAUGGAGCAGGCUCUCGCCCAGCAGGCUCACCGGGAACCUUUUCAGUUUGAAGUGCCGCCAAAUGUCGAGGAUGGAUUUCAGCGAGCAUGGGCGGCUGACAGACCGGAUGACGCUCUCGAACCAAGUCUUCAGGAGAUGGCGGAUGCUUUCGUUCUUCAUUACCACAAAUCCACCAUAGGAUUUACUGCCGGUAUCCUGGUGGAAAAUAGGGUUCCCGAGUCGGGGCAAUAUAUCAAUCUUUUGAAGUGCGUCUGGCUGAUGAGACGGAUCCGUGGUUCGACCGAACUCGCUCAGCCAGGUCCGACAUUAUCCCAUUGGCCCUCGUACAUCCAGGAGCUAGAAGUUGGCCUUGCGUCGCAAUGCGAUCGAUUCAAGCAAGAGCUCAUGCCACCAAGUCUAGCAGGUUCAACACCUGAGAUGUUCGAAAUAUGGCCCGAGAAAGAGCUUGCGCAGCUUGUGGACGUGGUGACCAGGGAUGCUCUCAUGGAAGAGGUUAUGGAUGUACCGUUACAGGGCGCCACUGCCAAUGUUGAGAGGAAGCUUCAGCUGCUUCGACGAAUGGGAGCCGACGGCAAACGCUUCAGAAUAAACAUCUCAGGCGUCGAGCUAGGGGGCACGAGUAGGAAUGCACGUCGUCAAGCUGAGACCAUUGAUUUCGACAUCACGACUGUCAUACUAAACCCCCUUUAUGCUGUGCCAUCUAACUCUGGCGGCGCAUGGGACAUGAUAUUGCGCAAGGAUGAACGGAUUGCCAAGUUGGCAUUUACGCAGUUGAAAGAUGCUGCCAAGUUCCAACAAGCUGUGACUGGUUUCAAGGCGUUUGAUAGUUAUUGCCAAUACAAGGCUAUGGUUAGCUUUGUCGUGUCUGGGAGAGGAGAUCCGAUCGUCGAGGGAGCGUGUGUACAGUUGUGGGUUCCAAAGCAACUCAAUGGACAACUCGUUACGAACAACGAGGCGACGCUCGAGCAAACCGCAUCACCAUCCCAGUCAGGGGUAUUUUCGCCAUCUAGCACAGCAUCGAGACAGAGUACUCUCCGCAGCGUAUGGAGCACCGCAAAUCCAUUCACCACGAGCCCUACCGAGACUGUGUCAAUGUGGAAUAAUAGCGGUCCACCAGCUGUAGGCACAUCACGGAGUCGUUCGGUGCCAACACCGCCAAUAAUCACCGGCCCGCUUGGAACUCGGUCUCCCAUGAUGAUACCGAGACGGCCAGUGGGGUCGGGCAGCACGCAGACGACGGCAGGAUCACCACCCAGUGCUCAUCGGCAGGCAAUGUUGUCAACAUCGCCUUCAAGCCCUCGGUCUUCAUCUCUACUCCCGGGAUCGUGGCAGUCAAGGGCACCAUCCGUAUCAACGGUUAACAGCCGACCCGAUCGGACCUUUAGCGUCUCAAGCAAUUACUCGACUACGACAUCACCCUCAAACAACAGUUCAAGUGGAAGCGACGCGCACACCCUGACCGUAACCAUAGGCGGGCACACGACUGGCACUGUCCAUAGGCGCCCUUCCAAGCCAAUGCUGGUUCUGUUCACGCAGAACAUGCAGACAGGAAAGCGAGCAUUGGUGACUAUCGACAUUGACGAAGACACCGAUGUCAACCCAGACCGGUGCAACUGCCGCCGAUCAGGAAGAGACGGAUCGUCAUGUCAGAUUGCUGCCAUUGAGCAGGAUCGGGGCAACGCCGAGCUAUCGGUGCGAAGAUAUGAAAGCCGAGACGACGACAUGGACUGGAAUCUGGCCAAGUUGGCACUGGGGCGGCGAGGGGAGAAGGAGUACGCUGCUGCUGUCUGGAAGGACGUCCGGCGCAUCAGCAUCAUGUUCCCGAGUUCCCAAGACAGGGCAAAGUUCGGAGGCACGCCGAAUGUAUGCCAGUGCAGUGCGAGAACAGAAGCCGAACUGAGUAAGUGUCUCAAGAAUAAACACAAGGGGUUGCUUGGACUGGUCCGGGAAUCUGGACGGCAGCAGCUGAACGAAUAUCAUCGGGUACGAUUCGGGUCGCAACAGGACGUGGUCCGUGGGAUGAGAGACGACUAUCGAUGA